AUGGAGCUGCCUUCCCGAGGGCGGGCGCCGCUGGACUCGUCGCUGGACAGCUGCUCCCUGACCUCGUUGGAGUCCAGCGUUUUCUGCAGCGAGGGCGAAGGGGAGCCCCUGGCGCUCGGGGACUGCUUCACGGUCAACGUGGGCGGCAGCCGCUUCGUGCUCUCGCAGCAGGCACUGUCCUGCUUCCCGCACACGCGCCUGGGCAAGCUGGCCGUGGUGGUGGCCUCGUGCCGCCGCCGCGGGGCCCUGGCCGCCGUGCCCAGCCCCCUGGAGCUCUGCGACGAUGCCAACCCCGUGGACAACGAGUACUUCUUCGACCGCAGUUCGCAGGCAUUCCGCUACGUCUUGCACUACUACCGCACCGGCCGCCUGCACGUCAUGGAGCAGCUGUGCGCGCUCUCCUUCCUUCAGGAGAUCCAAUACUGGGGCAUCGACGAGCUCAGCAUCGACUCCUGCUGCAGGGACAGAUACUUCAGAAGGAAGGAGCUGAGUGAAACGUUAGACUUUAAGAAGGACACAGAAGACCAGGAGAGUCAACAUGAGAGCGAACAGGACUUCUCACAAGGACCUUGUCCCACUGUCCGCCAGAAGCUCUGGAACAUCCUGGAGAAACCUGGAUCUUCCACAGCUGCUCGAAUCUUUGGGGUCAUCUCCAUCAUCUUUGUGGUGGUGUCCAUCGUCAACAUGGCCCUGAUGUCAGCUGAAUUAAGCUGGCUGGACCUGCAGCUGCUGGAAAUCCUGGAGUACGUGUGUAUCAGCUGGUUCACUGGCGAGUUCAUCCUGCGCCUCCUGUGCGUGCGGGCCAGGUGCCGCUUCCUGAGGAAGGUGCCGAACAUCAUAGACCUCCUUGCCAUCUUGCCCUUCUACAUCACUCUUCUGGUAGAGAGCCUGAGUGGGAGCCAGACUACACAGGAGCUGGAAAAUGUGGGGCGCAUUGUGCAGGUCUUGAGGCUGCUCAGGGCUCUACGCAUGCUAAAGCUGGGCAGACAUUCCACAGGAUUACGCUCACUCGGGAUGACAAUCACCCAGUGUUAUGAAGAAGUCGGCCUACUGCUCCUCUUUUUGUCUGUGGGAAUUUCUAUAUUUUCAACUGUGGAAUAUUUUGCUGAGCAGAGUAUUCCUGACACAACCUUCACAAGUGUCCCUUGUGCAUGGUGGUGGGCCACAACAUCCAUGACUACUGUGGGAUAUGGGGACAUUAGACCAGACACCACCACAGGCAAAAUCGUGGCCUUCAUGUGCAUAUUAUCAGGAAUCCUUGUCUUGGCCUUGCCUAUUGCUAUUAUUAACGACCGCUUCUCCGCUUGCUAUUUCACCUUAAAGCUCAAGGAAGCAGCUGUUAGACAGCGCGAAGCUCUGAAGAAGCUUACCAAGAAUAUAGCCACUGACUCAUACAUCAGUGUGAACUUGAGAGAUGUCUAUGCCCGGAGUAUCAUGGAGAUGCUUCGGUUAAAAGGCAGAGAAAGGGCAAGUACUAGGAGCAGUGGAGGAGAUGAUUUCUGGUUUUGAAGCCACUUUCAGUUUAUUUACAAAAGCUUGUGUACAACUAACUCAACUGAUAAAGCCUUGAUAUGGAUGUCUAUGUGCUGUUGAAGAGUCUCUUUUGAGUAUACCACCUGUGUUAGUUUUUGCUGAUAUUUUGCUUGGUCUGCUAGAAUAGUUCACGUCCCCCAAAUCGAGUGCACAUUGUUUCGACACAGUUGAGCCGCAAAAAAUAGUCAUUUAACAUAACUCAAUACAAGUAGGCCAAAUGUCUGAAUUGUCAAAUAUAAUAGUGCAAUACAUCCAACAAAGUUAAAAGUUUUAUGCAUCACUAAUUUUAAGGUUUUUUGCACCACUAAUGUAAAAAGAAUGUGAGUUAAGCUACACGGCCCAGAGAAAAGGUAAGUGAACAUUUAAGAACAUACUGGACAUUCUUCAAGUAAAUAAAUCACUCCUUCCUCCAUCGGUUAAAGUUGUUACAUACAACAAUUAGCUUUGCAAGCGCAAAUCCUGAUUUGAUAGCCAUAGAUGGUGUCUUCCCUCUGGUGCAAACUUCCCUCUAGUCAUCACAGAGGGACUAACUUCUGAUUUCAGUCAUUACUGUUGGAGGUGGGAAUCCCCAGGCUGCUUAACCACUGACAGAACAGGGGCUUCAAGAACUGUACAUUCUCAUCGUCUCCACGGAGUGCAGUAGUGUAGCCUAAAGCAGGUUUCUCUUGUACCCCUUGGAAAUUAGAUGGUCUUUAAAAACCUCUUUAUUGAUGUGGUGUUCAAAUUAUGUCUUUAAAAUCACGAAUGUGUAAAGGUGAAGUAGUGAACAUCCUAAAAAUAUACACUAAAAGUAUUAAAUAGUCUUAUUUCAUAAAAUGAGAAUGGUAUGUUGACUGAUAUCACUGGAUGAACUUGAAAAUCUUUUAUUUGUUAACAAAAAUAUUAUAGAUAGCUUUCUGGCUUUUGGGGUAAAUAGCAAAUGUUCCAACUUUGCACGCAUUUGACAGCAUUUGACGGUCAUUCGUGAUAAUGAUAAAAUUCCUAAACAUUCUGUUAUAUGAUUAAAACCAAAAGUUCUAAACCUAAGAAUUAGUUGAUGAUUCCCAAUAUUCUAGUAAAUGAGUUUUUAAAAACUAA